AAAGCAUUUAAGGAUUAAAAGAAGAAAACGAAGGAUUAAGAAGAGAAUGAAGAAACGUCAAGGUUAGAAAAGAACCCUAAUGAACCCCAAAGCGGGGGUUUGGCAAUUGGCAAUUGAUAGAGAAUUUGCAGAAGAAAAAGGAAGAAAGAGAAACGAAGAAAUGGAAAAAGAAGAAAAACUUGUAUAUCCGGAUACGCGCAUUUCCAAUUUGCAAGGUCUUCCUCACUUCAAACUCUCCCAACUUCCAGCUCUUUUCCUCUCUUUUUGUCUCUAUCUCUAGCUCUCUCUCAAUAAUCUUCUCUUUUCUUGUAGUUAUUUUCAUUGUUUUAACUGGAUCAUCACAUUUCUUCAUACCCCAUUUCAAUUUAAUUGCAUCAAUUUUCAGUUUCGUUUCCAUUUUUAAAAUACCCACCUCGUCACGAUUGUGUUUGGUCGCUUUCUGGGUAUAAAAUUGGAUUUCUAUGUGUUCUGGGUAUAAGAAUAUGAAGCUUACUGUUCGUGUAAUCGAGGCUCGGAAUUUACCAGCAACCGAUCUGAAUGGUUUGAGUGAUCCAUACGUCCGGUUGCAGCUGGGUAAGCAGAGGUUCAGAACCAAGGUGGUUAAGAAGACCCUAAAUCCAACUUGGGGUGAAGAGUUUAGUUUCCGGGUGGAUGAUCUUGAUGAGGAACUAAUUAUCUCUGUUUUGGAUGAAGAUAAGUAUUUCAAUGAUGAUUUUGUUGGACAGGUUAAGAUACCCAUUUCCCGGGCUUUUAAUUCUGAUAAUGGCUCGCUUGGAACUACUUGGCAUUCUAUUCAACCCAAAAACAAAAAGUCCAAGCAGAAGGUUUGUGGUGAAAUUCUUCUUGCAAUAUGUUUUUCUCAAACCAAUGCAUUUGUAGACUUCAAUUCCAAUGGUCACGUGUCUUACCCAAAGACUUCUAGUGAUGAAAUAAUGGGUUCACCACCAAGGUCUCAUAAUGGUAAAUCUAGCUCUCCAUCUCCAGUAAGGCAAAGAGAGAGUUCGCUGAAGGAACAUAGAUCUUCUCAACAGAAGACCUUUGCUGGUCGUAUUGCUCAAAUUUUUUAUAAAAAUGUAGAUUCUUCUUCGUCCAUUUCUUUUCGAGCUACUGAGUUGUCAGAUAUAUCUGAAAUCCCUCCGUCUGAAAAUUUGGAAGUCAAUUCAGAAGAUCAAUCCUCUAUGGCCACGUUUGAAGAAGCAAUAAAAGUAUUGGAGUCCAAAGAUCAAGAAACUGAAACCCCAUCGAAUUUUCCAGGAAUAAUGGUCGAUCAAUUGUAUGCCAUUGCACCCUCUGACCUCAAUUCUCUACUCUUUUCAUCAGAUUCAAGUUUUCUACAAUCUUUGGCUGACCUUCAGGGAACUACAGAACUGCAACUUGGAAAGUGGAAAUUUGACAAUGGUGGUGAAAGCUUAAAUAGAACAGUAUCAUAUCUUAAGGCUCCAACAAAACUAAUCAAAGCUGUCAAAGCAUUUGAGGAACAAACGUACCUAAAAGCUGAUGGAAAUGUUUAUGCAGUUCUAUCUAUUGUAAGCACUCCAGAUGUAAUGUAUGGGAACACAUUCAAAGUAGAGAUACUUUACUGCAUAACACCAGGUCCUGAGCUUCCGUCAGAAGAGAAAUCUUCACGACUGGUAAUUUCAUGGCGAAUGAAUUUUCUGCAGAGCACUAUGAUGAAAGGAAUGAUUGAGAAUGGAGCCAGGCAAGGUAUAAAGGACAAUUUUGACCAGUAUGCUAGUUUGUUAUCUCAGACUGUUCCUCCAGUUGAUCAAAAGACUAUUGGAUCAAAUAAGGAACAGGCUUUGGCAUCGUUGGAGGCACCGCCACCGCAGUCGACCUUUAAACUUGCUGUACAAUAUUUUGCUAAUUGUACUGUUCUGUUCACUACUUUUAUGGCUUUGUACGUGCUCGUACACAUUUGGCUGGCCGCACCUAGCGCAAUUCAGGGCCUUGAAUUUGUAGGGCUUGACCUACCUGAUUCAAUAGGUGAAUUCAUUGUGUGUGGUGUCCUAGUUCUGCAGGGCGAACGUGUUUUGGGGCUGAUUUCACGCUUCAUGCGAGCCAGACUGCAAAACGGGAGUGAUCAUGGAGUCAAAGCACAGGGAGAUGGAUGGUUGCUUACUGUUGCUCUGAUUGAAGGGUGUAGUUUAGCAGCAGUUGAUUCAAGUGGGUUAUCUGACCCAUAUGUGGUGUUUACAUGUAAUGGGAAAACUAAAAACAGCUCAAUCAAGUUCCAAAAAUCUGAUCCUCAGUGGAAUGAAAUUUUUGAAUUUGAUGCAAUGAAUGAACCUCCUUCUGUGUUGGGUGUUGAAGUUUAUGAUUUUGAUGGGCCUUUUGAUGAGGCUACAUCUUUGGGGUAUGCUGAGAUUAAUUUCCUCAGGACCAGUAUAUCAGAUUUGGCUGACAUAUGGGUACCCCUUCAGGGGAAGUUGGCUCAAACAUGCCAAUCAAAAUUGCAUUUGAGAAUUUUCUUGGAUAAUACAAGAGGCAGCAAUGUAAAUAUUGCUAAAGAGUAUUUAAGUAAAAUGGAAAAAGAGGUUGGGAAAAAGAUCAAUCUGCGUUCUCCUCAGUCAAAUUCAGCCUUUCAGAAACUAUUUGGGCUUCCAGCUGAAGAAUUUCUUAUUAAUGACUUUACCUGUCAUUUGAAGCGAAAGAUGCCGAUUCAGGGGCGCAUCUUUCUGUCAGCUAGAGUCAUAGGUUUCCAUGCAAAUAUAUUUGGGCACAAGACCAAAUUCUUUUUCUUGUGGGAAGACAUUGAGGAUAUUCAAGUUGCUCCUCCUACUCUUUCAUCAAUGGCCAGUCCAAUUAUUGUUAUAACUCUCCGAGCAGGUAGAGGCUUGGAUGCAAGGAGUGGUGCAAAGACACUAGAUGAGGAAGGCAGGCUGAAGUUCCAUUUCCAUUCCUUUGUAUCGUUUGGUGUAGCACAUAGGACUAUCAUGGCUCUAUGGAAGGCUAGAUCUUUGAGUCCGGAGCAAAAAGUGCGAAUAGUUGAAGAAGAAUCUGAAGCUAAAUGCUGCUUACAAACUGAAGAGAGCGGAUCAUUUUUGGGUCCCAGUGAAGUCAGUAUGACUGAGGUUCUCUCAUCCACUCUUUCUGUUCCUACCAACUUUGCUAUGGAGCUAUUCAAUGGGGCUGAGUUAGAGCGCAAAGUUAUGGAGAAAGCUGGUUGUCUUAAUUAUUCAUUUACUCCAUGGGAAUCAGAGAAGGAGAAUGUUUAUGAAAGGCAAAUAUAUUAUAUCUUUGACAAGCGUAUCUCCCACUACAGAGUGGAAGUGACAAGUACACAACAAAGACACUCACUUCCCAAUAAAAAUGGUUGGCUCGUUGAAGAGGUCUUGACACUUCAUGGAGUUCCCCUUGGCGACUAUUUCAAUGUUCACCUUAGAUAUCAAAUUGAGGAUCUACCUUCUAAGUUGAAGGGAUGUAGCGUAGUAGUAUCCUUUGGAAUGGCCUGGCAGAAAAGCACCAAGCAUCAGAAAAGGAUGACAAAGAACAUCCUAAAAAAUCUACAAGAUCGUUUGAAAGUGACUUUUGGACUCGUUGAGAAUGAAUCUGCAACAAGAUAGUGCUGGAUGUAAUGUAUUGCUAUCUAUACAUGUACGAUUUAUACAUGCGUAGGGGAGCUGGUGCGUCGAUGACGGGUUUGAUAUUCUGCUAUUUUCCGCAAACAUCUAGCUGAUUCAAGCUUGAUUGGCAAACGCGACUGUAUCAUUGUCUUGUUUUGUAUUGAAAGCUAUAAUUUGCUUGCCUCCAUACUUUUGCUUGUUCAGAAGGGUGGAAAAAUGAUUGAACAGAGUUUGAGGUGAAAGCUUAAAGUUUGAUGGAAUGGAGCUUGAUUUGACCUUUGGAAACCUGGUUUUCGAUCUCGAUAAGCUUGAAGUGAAGUUGGUGCUACGUCUGCAUAGAGUUGCUUCCUUGAAAUUCAGAAGCCGCUCUCCAUGGGAGAAUUAGAUAGGUAAUUCAGAUGAAUUAAUAGUCCAGUCAUGGGCAAAGUCACAUUCUUUGUUCAGUAUAGUUUAUACUCAUAGGAGGUUCAUUAGUUUAUAUGUAUAGGUCGUUUGUAAAUUCAUUGCUAGGCAGGACCUACUAGCAGAUGUCCAAAUCAUCAUGUAGAAAAGUCUCGCGUUCAUUUGACGGUGCGUGACUCGUGAGACAGAAUGCUGGUCCGAUUUGUAUAAACUAAACUAUGUGACCUAACCAUAUAAUAUUAGUUCCAUUUUUUGAUUCAUAAA